AUGGAAGACCAGAAAGACAAACUAAAAAAUCAAGAAAAAUAAAAUAAUUUAAAAAUAAAUGAUAAAAUAAUCGAAACUCACUCUAUUGAUGAAGCAGAUUAAGAUAUUUAAUAAGAUUUUAAUGAAAAGAUUAAUGCUUAAGCUUAAAUGCCGCCUCCUUUAAUGAUAAACCCUAAUAAGAACUUAAAAUAAGAAUAAAUUUCUAAUAAUUAAGAAAAAAAAAAUGGGGAAAUAUUAUAACCAGCAAACGCUUAUUAAAUACCUUAAGUCUAAGAAUUUGAUAUUUUAAAGAACAGUUAAGGAGAAUUUUAAAUAGAAGAUAAUUAAAACUUAGAGAUGAUCACUCCUGUAACAAUGCCUGAUAAUAAUCAUAAUUAUUUAAAAGAGAAAAAAUCAAAUAACUCUAAUCAAACUAAAAAUAAUUAAGGGACUGCUAAUUAAAAAUAAUAAUAAAAUUAGUUAGUCAAGAAACUAUUUCAAAAAUAAAGCAGUCAAAGUGUAAUUAUAGAGCAUGGUCUAAAUACAUAAACGCCAAGCAGCCUUUCAAAUAAGGAAAAUAAUGGUAAGGAUCAAUAAAAAUUACCCAAGAGCAAACGUGAAAUUAAACAAAAAAAAGCUCUUUUAAGCUUAUCUACUUCUAAUAAUAUCUUUGGUUUUUUAGUUAAGAAAUCUAAUUAAGAAGUAAAAGCUUUCAGUGAGACUGAAAAUUAUCAUUCAGAUACUUUCUGCUGCGACAUGUUGUAUAGAGACGAUUGUUGCCUUAAACAAGUCUUAGACUUAAUUUUCCAAUUCGUAUUUGCUCCUUUCAGACUCAUGAUAUUUAUUAUCAGAAUAUGCAUUGCUUGCUGUGAAGACGAUGGUGAUGAUGAUAUCAGCAACAACAGUGAGGAAAAUCCAUGUUUUACAUGUUGUUAUAAUUUAAUUUAUUGUCCGUUUAAGUGUUGUGGAGACUGGUUAAAUUAAUUUGCCUUUUCAAUCAAAUAAUUCAUCUGUAAAAGUCUUUGGAUUUUACCAGAAUAAGCAGUCGCGUUCUAUAAUAGUAACAUACAAAUUUGCUUAAUUUAAGCAGGACUUUUCUUUAAAAAUUGCUGUUUUUUUACUUCAUAUUACAAAUUCUUAGAAAACCUAACUGACUGUUGCUGUUUAAAACCUUUUCACUUACUCGGAGAAUGCCUAAUGUGGCUAUGUUCCCCUCAAGGGUUUUGCUAAAAAUUUUUCAAAAUCAUAAAUUUUGUUACCUGCAAAAUAAUUUCAGUUACUUGUAUCUCAAAAUUAUUUUAUUGUUGCUAUUCAAAAGUUUAAAAACCCUUAAAAAACAACAAGGAAAUAAGCAUUUCUUAUUUUUGUGGGUGUGCUUUUGAUACUACAGGUGACUAUGAAGAUAUUGAAUAAAAUCUAUGA